AUGGAGUCGGAGCCACUCCUUCCAGCUAAGGCGCCGAUUCCACCAAAACAACGACGCGGUUUCAGGAUCACCAUCUUGAUAGCAUGCAAGUGUGUUGCCUUUGCUGCUUCCAAAAUGGCCACCGGAUACUUCAUCAAAGGUCAUGGUUACACGAUCACCACUCUGACAUUCGGAUGCAUCCAACUUGUAAAUCUGGCCUUUAUUUUUAUUUUUGUUCAAGAGACUAUCACACGUGAUAAGAACAAAGAUAAGUCAUUGAAGAAAACUCUAAAACGAAUAAAAGGCGUCUUCAAAAACAGCGAAAACAGACGAAAUGUCAAAGUGAUCCUUUUGUCGGCCAUGUUCUUCUUUUAUGAAGUGCCACUGGGAGGUAAUAGUCUGCAGAUACUCUAUGUAUUGAACGCGCCUCUGUGUUGGGGACCCGUAUUGAUUGGUAUUUACGGAGCUCUUAGUGGUUUAAGUGGUCAAGUUGCAGGACUGGUCAGUCUGAAACUUCUAAAGCAGCUCCCCAUCUCGGAUAUUGUGAUAACCGCACUGGGAUGUCUAUCCGCGAUUGGAGGAUGCUUGGUGAAUGCCUGGGCAGUGGACGACAUUUUCAUGUAUCUUGUGUCCAUUGUUUCGCUGUUAAUGGCAUUGCCUCCUUCGCUGAUCAGAUCAACAAUUUCAUGUCUGCUGAAAUCCGAUGAACAAGGUACGGUGUUGGCAGUCGGUGCGUGUGUCGAGGUCGCGAGCUAUCUGACUGUAUCUCCCCUCAUCAAUAUCAUCUACCAACACACGAUCUUCUUCAUGCCUGGAUUUGCCUUCCUUGUUUGUGCCGGGCUGGAAGGCAUUACUCUAACACUAAUCAUGAUUUACAUCUGCCAUGACUUUUAUGUAAACAAGACUUCAAGGCUACUUUCUACGAGCCAAAGCAGUUUGAACAGUCGCGCGCAGUCUGAGGAGGAUGACGGAAGUGCGUAACGAUGUGGUCUGUUAAUCUCAUGAAGAGGUUACAAACAACAACUACACAUUCAUAGGAGAGUGGAAUAAUGUCGUUUUGGUAUUGUGUGCUGAUUACAAAGGAGCCAUUUACGAACACCUCUCUAGUUCAAUCGUUGAUUACGGCGUUUCCAGGCAGAUCUUAUCGGAUCUCAGCCGACUUAACUCCGGACGUAAUGGACCGGCAACCACUAGUAACCCUGAGAGGGAGAGACCAUCAGGAUGACAAAAUAGACCUCAUAGGAGUUUACUACCUACCUUUUAUCAGUAGGAUGCUCGCACAGUUGCACAGCUUUCACUGUUCCUGUUUUCUUAAAAGUUCGCCAGGAGUGUAACACUCCUGGCGAAUGGCGAACUUAUGAGAAAAGAGACAAGACCACCCCUUGCAAGACCACCAUUGAUUUUGGCAUUGACUUCUUUGUUAAAGAGUUCUAAUUGCUUUAGGAGUUCGUGUUCUAGCAAAAUGGUGGUGCCGGUGGUCUUCGCGGCUGCACGAUGCGUGAUCUCUCUAUCAUGCAACUACAAUCGGAGACAAGACCACCAUUGAUUUUUUAAGCCUUUUAGCUGUUAAAUUGUCAAUGUUUGACCGCGUCGCAUCAAAUACUGCGUGGGGUUGUGAAUCUGAAAUUUUGAUAUGAUAUUCCGGACAGUCGGGCAAGUAAAUGAAGAAAGGUAAACUGGUAAUUGACCACGGACAUUUUUUGAUAAUCGACAAAUUGGACAGACGUUGAUAUUUCAACUCUUUUCAGCCAACUGGCAGAAUAAUCUCAAAACACGCCCCUAUUGCCAAAUUAGCAAAAUUCAAAAUUAAAUUUUUCAUCAAAUAAUUUCUUUAUUUGUGUACACUUGCCACACCAAAUAUCUUUUCAAUACCUCUCCAAAUAUGCACUUGACAGUUAAAAACAUACUCGCGUCUAAUUGAUAGGUCUGGAACCUCCAACCUAUGAAUAUUCAAUGGUGGUCUUGUCUCAAAACAGGAACAGUGCCUGUGUUGUAUAACAUUAGGGUCUCAAGUUACUGUCUACAGGUCCAUGUAUCCCACCUGUGCUAUAGCGAG